CCACUUCCGGCUCACAGUGACGAUCCCCAGCUCUCUUAAAACCUGAUCGUUUCCUGUUUCCGAACAACCACCGCCUUUUAAUAUCCAAUGAUACCGACGGACCCCCAAAUCAAUAAAAGUCACAUCAAAGUCAUAUUCCAAUUGUAAUAGAAGUACGAGCGAUACCGUUUGAAUAAUGACAACUGCAUUCUCUCUUUUCACCUCAUUGAGGUACGAUAUCGACCUACAAAAGGUGCCCAGCCUCGACAUGAGGUACGCCGGAUGGAACAAUAACAACAUGUCACCCUUUUACAUGCUUGACUUUCAUCGGGACCGCAUACUAAAUGCUGCUAUACACUGGGGUUUUGAGCCAGUCGUGGCUCUGCUUACAGGCCCAGAAGGCCUCGAAUACAUGGCUCAAAAGGCAUUGCAGUUCCUAGGCGAUGAAAGAAAGCCCCAAAGAGUGAGGAUAGUCUUAUCCCCAGAAGGCGAGAUUAGUUUUGUCAAGUCGGACGCACCGUCCGUUCCUCCCGAGAACCUGUUGCCCGCCAAGCUCGCCGCACCUAGAAGCACACCCGAACUAUACGAAGCCAAAAGAGAUAACCCAUUUGAACUUGUCCUCGACGGAGAUUCUACGGAAAAAUCAGAAUACACACACUUUAAAACAACUAAGCGCGCCAUGUACGACAGCGCAAGGGAGAGAGCAAGUAUACAACUUGGCCAACGAAAGGAGGUACUCAUUGUUGACAAUGAAGGUGUUAUAAUGGAGGGAAGCAUUACGACGCCUUACUUUUGGAGAAAUGGCAAAUGGGUAACACCGCCUGUGUCGUUGCAGUACAGUAAGGAAGAUGGCUGUGGCGGCCAAUGCGGCACUACAAGACGAUGGGCAUUAGAACGCAAAAUUGUCGAGGAGCAAGUCGUGAAUAGCAGUGAACUGGUCGACGGCGAAGAGUGCUGGAUUAGCAACGGUGUGUCUGGGUUUAUUCCUGCCAUUAUUCGACUAUGAGAGAUUUGAUUUCCCCAUUUAAUUAUCUAUUAAUAUUAUUACAUUU